ACGCGCGCUUCUAGUCCUUCGGGGUGGGACUGACCGUCUGCUGCUCCCCUGCUAUUGGCAAGCCAGGGUGUCAGUCAAGCGGGAACCGAUCGGCGCCAAAGGCGUUCCGGCUGCAGGAUGAUCUGCAGAAAACUCAUAACUCCAUGUCAGCCACAGAUGAACUCUCUGCAACUUCAUUUAUAGAAUAUCCAAAGCACAAGCCAUUUAUUAAUUCAGAUUUACUGCGCUCCCCACAGAAACCAGUAAUUCCAUAUCCUGAAAGCAACAGCAGAGCAAUAUUUUCUGCUCUGAAGAAUCUCCAGGAAAAAAUUCAUCGUCUGGAGUUGGAACGGCUUCAGGCAGAGGAGAAUGUAAAACACCUCAGCAGGGAAACAGCAGACUACAAGAAAGUGCUGAGUGAACAAAUGCAGCACAAAGAGCGUGUCAAGACUGAAGUGUCAAAGAAAAAUCAAGAAUUGGCUUCUCAGUUGGCUGCUGCUGAGUCUCGGUGCAGCCUUCUAGAGAAACAGCUGGACUACAUGAGAAAAAUGAUCCAGCAUGCAGAAAAUGAGAAGUCACAUCUCUUGGAGAAACAGGGUUCAUUGGAGAGAGAUCGACUUCUUGAUCAUUCACAUGUUCAGUCUAAACUGGAAAAGCUGGACAUGCUGGAAAAAGAGUACAGCAGACUUACCACGAUGCAAUCCAUAGCAGAGAAAAAAAUGAAACAGUUGGAACAGAAGCUUCAGGAGGAAGAACAUGCGAGGAAGCUUGUUCAGGAAAAAGCAGCUGAGCUUCAGACAGGCCUGGAAACUAACAGGCUACUGAUCCAAGCAGCGUCACCAUUGCUUUCUCCAAAAGGAAGAAAACCUAGGAAGAAAACUAAGCAGCCAGAGAAGAAAUGCUCUGUUACAAGCCGUUUCACCACACAGCCCCAUUACAGGCUGUGUCUGGGUGACGUACCCUUUGUAGCUGGGAAGUCUACCAGUCCCAGUCAUUCAGUUGGCGCCAACGUGCAGCACGUCCUACACCUGAUGAAACAACACACAAAAGCCUUGUGUAACAGUCGAGUGGUAAAUGAUAAUCUGCUAGCAAAACCCACCAGUGCUGGUCAUCCUGCCAGCAAAAGCAGAAAGUCAUCUCUGCCAAAAGAAUCCUCCUCAUCCCAGGAAGAGCUCUCUGAAGUGCUGCUGACUUUACAAGAUGAAUUUGGGCAGAUGACUCUUGAUCACCAACAGCUGUCAAAGCUUGUCCAAGAAGCUCCAACCAUUGCAGUGAGGGAAGAUCUGGAGCGAGAACUUGAGGCAUUACUAAGAAAGAUGGAAGCAAAGGCAGACCAGAUCAGCAAAGUCCAGAGGCAUCGAUUGCAGCUGGAGAGACUUAGGAGAGAAUGCAAGUCCAAAAAGACUUCUGCCAAACAAACAAAAGACAACAGGUUCCCUGUCAGUGAGGUUAAAGUAACAACUACAGUAACCACCAAAGGGAAGAACGCUGGUCCCAUCAAAGUGAAACCUGGAGAGAAGAGUCGGAAAAACCUUCAGUUGUUGAGAGACAUGCAGACCAUACAGACAUCUCUGCAGAAGGAUGAUAUCAGCUGGGACUACUGAUGCUCUCAAACCAUCCAGGUUAAACUUUCUCUUGUUCUGGGUAUAAAACAGCUGUCAUUCUUGGUAUAUGAAAGAGACUACUGUAUGCUAAGUGCACUUUUGAAAUAUGGGGACCUUAAUCCUCCAUGUCUGAGUAUGAUUGUAUGUAUAAUGGUCUGUCUCAAAACACAUUCUAUUUUUAAGGAACCUAGCCACAAAAUCUAACCCUUGGCCUCUACCAGUUCCAGCAGUCCCUCCAUUUCAGCAUCCCAGGCACUAUACACGUUUCUGUGGGUUGGUGUGUGUGGAAUGCCGGCAUGAUUUCACACUGUUGUUGAGCUGUGCAUUGGGAGGCUUCUCAAGGUACAUCAUUUGAAAAUGAUGCUGCAGCCUAAGGGCUUUUGUCAGCUCAGUUUUGUGUGCAACUGCACUGAAAGCAAAACAGGUAAAGCAUUUUAAAGGUGUUUUGUGGAGCUUUCCUUGUCCUUCUGCUACAUUGCAUUAGUCAGCAUUAAUGGCAGUGGGUGUUUGAGUACUCAAAAAGAGCAGAACUUUUCCAAGUUACUUUGCUUUAUGCUUGAAUUAUUUGCAAGUCUGAAGAGUGAUAUUUCUCUAUGGCAAUCCUAGUUUGAGACAGCUAUAGGAUAAGGGAUAAUAUCCUGUCUUCUAAUUUACAGCUUUAGGUGGUAAAGGAGCGAGAUAAACCACAAGUGUUUUUAAACUGUAAGUGCCUCAAUCAUGCCGUUCAGUCCUGGCCUCUUGCUUUUAACUUGAAGUAUGUGCUUUGACCUGUCUACUUUGGUAGUGGUGUGAUUCAUUUUGCACUCUGACUUGCACAACUGAGUAAAUGUUAUUUAUUAUGUUAAUAAUGUAAAGAAUUUCCUAUUAAGGGGCUGUAUAGAAGGCCUGGAUUACCUGUUUAUACAGUUGAAAAAUAAUAAAGCCAGCUUGCCUGUUAAGUGGCUUGUGGGAAAGCUGUGCAUCCUCUGAAUUAACUCUGUUUGCUGCAGCACUGUGCCCCAUCCAGUGUGCUUCCUGUAGUGAUGUGACAUCUCCUUGGACAGGAUGAUGAAUAUGAGCUGCUAGCAAGGGGCAGGUACAGGUAGGCACUUUGUCCACUCUUGCCUAUAGCUGAACAGGCAGGGAACUUCAGAGGAUCAACACAGGCAGAAGGGCUUUGAGUUUUAAUUACCUGUAGGUGAACCUUCUUGCAUCCAAGCCAUGGAUGUGUUAGCUUUGAAGGGCGAAGUCAGAAGCUGUUAACCAGACCUGGAGCCUUCCUCCUUAACUUUGUUUACAUUAGGGGCAUGGGCUUCAGGUAGCUGGAGUAAUGGAUUGGAGAGCAGCUUUGUCCUGGAGGCUGUGGAAAAGAGCAGCUGAAAGGACACAGUAAUUUCUCUUGGGAAGGACAGGUUGCUCAAAGAUCAGUUAACUUCAGCACUACCUCAGGUUGACCUUACUGAUACAUGCUGAAGUCCUCUGAGGGGUAAAAGGAUCAAGAAGCAGACUUUGAGUUGAUUCCAAAUCAGCUCAGUGAAUUUCAGCUUGAGCUAAGAGAAACCUAGCCAGAGAUGGAUGCAGGUUUCUUGUCAUUCUAAAUUUUAGGGCUUGAAUAUUAGCAUCUUUCAAGACCAUCAGCAGAAGAAUGAGAGGGGCAGAUUUAACACACCACAGUUUCAGUGCUCUUUUACUAACAUCUGCAUGUCCUAGCCCUCCUUUGGAGAGCCACAUAUUUGAAAGCAAGAGCACAGGAACUUUACCCAUUUAUCAACUUUUAUUAGUGUUAAGGAAACCAAACAGCCUUCAUCAACAAAAUAUACACACAGAGUCAAUCUGCUAAUACAGAAUAAUGCUAUGAACCAUCCUCUGUAGUGAAUGUAUGUAAGAGCAAAUCAAAGUCCUUGAGAAGGUGUUUUGCAGGGGUUCUUUGCACCAUUGAACAGUAACAUUUCAGGCCAUGCAGUGAUGAUCUUCAACCUGUUCCUCAUUCUCUCAGAAGUGGCUGUGCAGCUCAAAGUACUGAGACACUGAUUGCAGUAGAGCAGGCAGGAAUGAUGACUGCCAGGGGAACUCCUUGUUACUGCCUCAGAAGGAACAUGGCUUUAGAAAGGCAAUUUCUUUCAUGCAAAUUGGUCCACUCUUGUACUCCCUCAGAAAAUACUUCUCUAUUGCAGAAGAGAGGUGAAGAAGCAUGCUGAUGAGUUGUUUAUUAAACAGAUGACCACAGUAUGGGAUCCUACCGUAACAGAGCAACACUGGAACCCAAGCAGUGUCCCUCUUUCUUAGCACAAAGGUGAGGAGUAGCCUGGAAUAAAGAUCCUUGCAUAUACAUGACUACUUUUGCUGUAAUCUACAACCCACACUUCUCUGUUUGGAAUAGCACUAGGGCAGCUUUAAGUGUUUGUUUGUUGUUUUGGGUUUUUUUCUCCACUACUACAAUAAAAUUUUGUAUUAAAAUUGAA